CUGGGGCAAGUGCAUAAAGCUAAAAUCACAAGUAGUCAAAACACAUUGGGUUCAAUGGUGGGUGGGGCUUGCCAAAGUCAUUUCCUCCACCCCCUUUUUAUUAUUUUUUUGCCAAGCGUGUAAAGCUGAAUGCACGCAAGUUAAAUGCGUGCAAGAGUUAUCCUGCACUUCUCACAAUGCAUAAACAAACAAAAUCGGCUUCCUCCAGAUGGAGAAAUGGCUACUAGCUUACAUACCUUUAAAGGGAAUUUGAUAAACUCAGUAGGGCUCUGCUAUUAGCUAACUACCGACCGCUAGAAGAACAAUCUCUUGACUUCUAGCAGCUAGCGGAACCUCCAGGGUCAGAGGCAGUACAUCGGAGUCCUGCCCUCAUCAGCUGGAUAGCUCCGUGGAUUAGCGUGUGAUGCUGAUCAUGCCCGGCAGGCACUUGGCAGCCGCUGGGGGCAGCGACGCCAGACUGCGAGACCUUUCGGUCUGCUCCAUUUGGCUUUUAUUCUGUGUUUCUCGGGGCGAGACUCCAGCGUAGGCUCAGAAGCCGGGGCAUCAACUCGGGGCGUUUUCUGCUCCCGGUCCUGCUAAAAUGGCUGGCGGCGGAGGACGGGGGCAAGGCCGUGGAAGGGAGGCAAGGAUUCGAACCUGCUACUCUCGCGCCCCUGGCCUUUCUCGGACAUGCGCAGAGCGAGCGCGCCGCGGGUUGCAAGGACUACGUUUCCCGUGGUGCGCGGAGCGCGGGGCGCCUGCGCACUGGGCCGCGGCCAGCGGGGAGGGCUGCGCGUUCCCGUGCGGUGAUGGCGGUGCGUGGACGCGCGGCGGUGGUAGCAGCAGCAGCAAUGGCUGCUGUGGAUCGGCGGCUGCCGAAUCUCGAUGACUUCGCGGGGCAGAGCUGGAGCGCCUGGGUGGAGAGGGCCGGGCCGCCCGCUGCCGAGACAGGUGAGCGCGCCCGCCCUGCCCGCGGGCCCGGAGGCGGCGGCAGGCGGCGGGGAGCGGGGGACCCUCCGUCGCCGUUUCUGCUGCCGCCGCCGCCGCCGCCGUCGAGCUUCCUCCCUCCCUCGCCUCCCCUCCUCCUCCCGCGCCCCCUCCCUCACCCCGCCCGCCCCAAACAAAGGAGCCGCCGGGUCCUAGCGCCGCAUCGCUUCCCGCCCGGUGGAGCCUGCCUUCCUUUUCCUGCCGCUUCGACCGGGUUUCCUAGGAUCUCUUGAUCCCCCUAACGGGAUCCCCUCUCCCCCAGCCUGAUUUCACCAGGGGCAUGCUGUGAUCAAGGCAGGAUCUUUGUCCCACGCGUUUCCCAGCUCCUUAUGUGCUUCUCGUUCCUACUUUGAUCCCUUAUUACACGAGCAUGGCUUUUUUUGUGUGUGUUUUUUUAAAGCCAUAUUCGCAAGAUUCCCCGGACUUUUGAUCUCUUCUGUCAUCGAGCCCACGAUUGUCUCCGAAACAUGCUAUGUAAAGGCUGCGUGACUUGUCUGUUUAUAAUUUAUUUAUUACAUAGUGAUCUCACCAGGUUUCCUAACAUUUGCGCCUUGACUCUCGUGCACCUCGAGCCCUCAUGUCGACUGCUUCCAUUUCACCUGGGCAUUCUUUCUUCCUGAUCUCCACAUAUUCACUUUUUCUGUUUUCCCCCAAAUAAUACGCACUCUUGAGGUGCCACUGGAACACUUGUGGGCACCAAGUGUUCUUGAUCUUCUGUGACUCCCUGGAUAGUAUGGGUCUUGGUCAUCUUCUAGGUGACCCCUGACCACUUUUCUUUUUCUCUUCUUCCCCCCUUUUUAACCACAUUUCCCCCAUCGGUCUUGAUCUUUAAAUCCCCUUACAGUUUUCCUCAACUGAUUCCUUUCAAAGUGCUUUCAGCAACCCACCGUUUGCUGUUCUCCCCCAGCUGUGCUGCAUUUCUGGAUUUCCUCUUGUUGAAGUUGUUCCAUUUCCAUUAGGAUCUGUGCCUAGGCCUUUGAAACUGGUCCCCGCCCAUCCAUCUGCUUUGCCUUCCUUAUAUCUUCUCUUCUGUCUUUUACAUAAAGCUCUUUUUUGUUUUGCACUGUUGACCUGGCCACUCAGUUUACCACUCGCUAGGAUUUCCCCUUUUCUCUCGAAAAACUGCACAUCCUCCUCCCUGACGUCCUGAUUCAGCAUCCCUAUGCUCCCCCCCCCUUCUGUCUUGUCCCUUGCUCUGUUGCCCUCCUUUACUAAGGGGGUGGUGGUAUAUCUGUAUGAAAAUGGUGGAUGGAUGGAUUGGCCCCUUGUGAUUUUUGUCCUUGGAAUCCUAGAAACCGCUCGGGAGCACCUCCCUAGAAUGUUUGACUUUCUCAAGUGCAGCCUGAUGGCAGACUCUAGAAGGGGCGGUGAGACUCAACGGAGCUGUCCCUGGUGAUGCUUUUUAUAUUGUUGAGCUUCUCCCAUCCCCCUCCAUUAUCUUCCCUUUGCACUUGAUAUAGUUAGUGCUUCGAAUGUUUCCUCAUCUACUUCCAGCUCCAACAGAGUUUACAUAAUGACUCCUGUGUUUUCAGGGAUUUAAGAAGCAGGUUGUAAAUUGUCCUUUGCAGACAGCUUCCUGUUGCUGUCUGAAUGGAUUGUUUUUAUUUAUUUAUUGCUAAUAGAUAUGGAAUGGUAAGGAUUUCGUAGAUUGGGAGGGGGGGAGAGAGCUUGCUUAGUUUCCACCUUUUGCCCCCACCCUGUCUCUUGACAGGUUGUGGUAUGGGAUUAAUUGUAUGUGCGUUUUAAUUCAGUUAGGUUUUUUUCUGAUUUUUUUAAGUAGAGAGGGAGAUUAAUGUUCUUGGUGUCAAUGCAAUCUUUUAAAUAAAAAAAAUGCACAGCUAUUUUGGAUUUCCGUUUUGUAUUUUGAUGCUGAAACAGUUGAUGCAUUGUAACAGGUACAUCUUGUCUUUGUGAGGGCACCAUGUGGUGUGAAAUCUAUUAAAUGCAAGUGGAGUAUCAUGUCAUGGUUAAAGCACAGGAGUCAGGACUUUGGGGACCAGCUCUGCUACUUGCUUUCACACUGUUAAUUUGGAGACAAAUCAGCCCCUUGUGCCAGAUCCCUCCCCACAAUUGGUAGCAUUUGAUCUGCAUCGCAAGGAGUUUGCAGGCAUUUCAUGAAUGUCUGUGAGCUUCAGGUCGAUGCGCAGACAGAAGGAGUUACGGCAGCCUUUGCCAACCUGAUGCCCUCCAGAUUUUUGGCCUACAACUCCCAUCAGCCCCAGACUACACAGGGAGUUGUAGUCCAAAAAUCUGGAGGGUACCAUGUUGGUGAAAGCUGAAUGGGGGGAAAACAUUAGUUCUGAAUCCCAUGUGUUUGAUUUCUUAUAUGCAUGUUGGGAUUAGGUUACAAACCACAUCAUUCUAGGCAUUUGCUUACACACACAAACACAGCAUAAUAAGAAAAUGGUUCUGCUAUAAUGAAAAGCUUGUCAACAUUAACAUGUUUCCAGGGAAAUAUCACUGAUGUUGUGAUCGAAACUAUAAUAUAAUUUGGCAUUGGCAAGGAUUUAGCUUCCGGAACUGAAAACCAGGGGUAUCUGUUUAACUCAGAAUUUGGUGAUUCCGUUUCAAAGUCCAUCUUGGGGUGUCUUUCUUUGAAGCUUUGUGUUCCCAACUAGCAGAGCAGAAAAGCUCAUGGGAAAGGUAUAUGGAAUAGAGAGAGCUGUCUCUCAUCCCCUGUCAUGCAAGUGUGCCCCCUUUCUGCGUGCAUAUACACCUGGGCAUGUACAGAAUUCUGGUGGGCCGUGGAUAUUUGAAUGCCACCCUUUGAAAUGGGAAAACAAGAGUUUGUAAAGCAGCUAGUCUCAAGUGGCGUUGAGAGAGCCACGUUUCUAUCCUGCACAUUGUAUUUUGGAAAGGAGUCAGGGAAUGGUGCUUUGUGCUUGUCAUUGUCUUCCAAACACCUCUUGAUUGAUACGGAUUGGCAGAGCAAUUCUGCUGAAGCAGCAGGCAGUGGAGUCUGAGACUCAGCAAGUCCACUACUGUAUGUUUGCAGAAGCCCUGGAACAUCUGCCAUGUUAGCUGAACUGAUUCUUAGGGAUCCUUGUUCUCUUGGCAACUUUUAAGACCUGGAGUUUUAGGGCAAAUGGAAAUGAUUGUUCUUAAUCUGCUCCCCUAUGAAACUCAUUGAGUGACCUUGGGCACGUUGCCUGCUUGGCCUAACCUUUUUUCACAGGGUUGUUGUGAGGAUAAAAUAGAAUACCCCUGCACAUACCCCCUCAAAGCCUGUAUACAUAUAUAGUAAAAAAAAUCAAAGGGGUCAGGACCAUGCAUGCUAUGUUUAUUCUUAUGGGGUUUCGAAGAGGGGAAAUCCUGAUGUACAGAUUUACUGGUCCUAGUGUCCUGUCUGCUGAGGCUUGCAGAUGGAUCUUCUCUGUUCUGGGUCACAGUGUGACCUACAUGACAAGUUUGAGGAAGCUGCGACUGGAAUAGAUGCUUUUCCUGAGCUCUUUUCAAGCCUAUUAAGGCCUGCAGUCCUAAGCAUGCUUACUUCCUAGUAAGUCUCAUUGCAUUCAGGUUGAUUUGCUUCUAUGUAAGCGUUACUUCGAAUCAUGUGGUAAGGGGGGGGGAGAGAAUGAUUCAUCUUAAUGUGUCUAGAUGUCAUGGGUUCUCAAUAGCUUUGUUGGAUGAUGGAUCUGCAAAGGGCUAUUAGUGUUGCUGAUGGGAUUUCUUUUUCUAUGUAUCUAUUAGGGUCUGAUGUGGAAGAAAACGGUAGGAAUGGGAGCAAGAAGCUGGAUGCAAUGACCCUCAUUAAAGAAGGUAAGAACAGACUUCUUUGAGUCUGACUUGAGUUGUAGAGACCUCUGCCCUGUGUCUGGUGAAUGCUUUGCAGAAGAGAGAAGUGCAAGGGCAGCUGGGAGUUCUGUGUGUGUGUGUGUCUGUCUGGAGUAGCAGUCAUUGCAUUCUCACACAGCAAGUGACCCUUAGAUGAAAGCAUCCUGACAAAAGCAGAAGACAACUAUCCCUUUUGAUAGCUGCAUUCGCACAUGCCACCAAGGGCUGGCAUUCUGGCCCCAAGAGCUAGUCUGGCUAUACCUUACUAGAGCUCAAAACCUUGCCUGGGUCUUGGAAUAUGAUGGAUGAAGUGUCUCGUAGUUCAUCAGGAAAUUCAUACUCAUCCAAGCUUAGACUUGAAUACAUUGCAUCUUCUAUGACCCAUGAAUGAGUCUGUGGACUUUGCCUUGAGUCCUGUCAUGAUCCUCUGCAGCCCUGCCCCAUACCCAACAUUUAGUUAUAGGGAUUUAGCAAGCGUUUCAGGAUAACCAAAAGCUGCGGAACUUUCACAUACAUACUUCUUUGCUUUGAGAACCCUUUGCCGCCAUGGUUUCUAGCAACAUGAUGUUAAGAGACGUCCACAACAAAAGGCCCUUGGCUUUCCACCCCUUCCUGCCCACAGCCUCCCUCCUGAUCAGCCCAUAUGACCUAGACCACAGUGUGUCACAAAAAGCAGUCAGAGUUGGUGCAGAGCAAUAGCUGCUGAUGGACUCAUGCAAAUGAGCCGAGCAGCAGAGAAGAGCCACACCAUGUUUCUGUCAGCGCCGCACCGGUCAAAUUCUUUCCUGAGCUGGAAUAUCAGCCGUGCUCUGGCCACCAGCAAAACAUGUUCACCAGCUCAUCGCAAAGAAAGGAUUCCAGGUGCGACUCCAAUAUAGUAGGACGGGUGAAGAUGUGCUGACUCUCCCCAUUCCACUCUCUUUCUCUCUCUCUCUCAAUGAUUGUUAGGGGGGAAAGACCCUGAACCACCAUCUGUCUACCCUCAAUCAAGAGAUCAGAAAGUCUCCUCUGUGUGUGUGUGUGUUUCUCAGACAAGUCUUGGGUGGUGGGGGCAGGGUGGAGACUCAAAUGGAAGGUCCUGCUUGCAGCAGAAGGUAAGAAGGGUCGACUUCCCCAAGGAUAUCAGGUCUUUUGUGGGACCCCUGCAUGGUGGCCUGUAUUUUUCCUAAAUCAAAUCGGUCACACUAACUCCCUCCCUGGGCUUUUUCGGCAGAGCCCUUGGAAAUGUGAGCUGCCACCUGUCCUCUCCACUGAGCUCCCGAGCCAGAGUUUCCAGAUGAGCUUCUGCUGGGCUUUCGUCCUGCUCUUUUCUGCGCUCACUCUCAGCCCAUAGUUAGUUUGGGCCUUGCCCCUCCCCAUCUCUCCCGACAGCUCCCCUCCCCUGCCCUGCUGCCCUCGGUCUUUUUUCAUUUCUUCCCAGCCUGUCUGUGUCUCUUUGUUUUCCCUUUUUUCUGCCACCCCAGCUGUGCUAGGAGGUGGGGCUGCCUCCUGACAAAGUUGGAGCGUGUGACGGCCCCAUCACCCAAGGAUAAGCGAUUGUUCUGCUGCCUUUUUGUGUGUGUUUGCUAAAACGCGAGCCCACGUCUCAGGCCUGGGAGAAGUGGGCUGUGCCUGAACCAGCAGGCUGGAUGGGGGAGGCUGCCUUGCCCAGUGGCUGUUCUCUGAACUAGACAGCCAUUUGCGCAGAUAAGUCUUGACAUAAGUCACAUGUAAAAUAAUUGUGUGUAUCUUUGCUUGUGCAGCUCGGUGCCAUUGGAGCCUUGGGCUGCCAGUCAAGCGGUUCCCCCAAUUCACAUCUAGGUGCUGCAUUGGCUCCGUAAUAUACCACAUGCUCUGCUCUUAUAAGAGCCCAGUAUGAAACUCCUUGUAUCUGUGCUUGAAGAAUCUUGGGGAGGCAGCCAAAGAGGGCUUUGUUUGAUGGAACAAUGGUCUAAGUCUGUAUAAAAGCUCCUUCUGGCAUUAUGAAUGGAUGACCUGCUUUGCAGUCAGUGUCUCCUUGAUCUUUCAGUCCUGCAUGACAAGCAGCUUGGUACUUAUUCCCAGUUUGCAGCUGGGAAAACUGAGGAUGGAAGUGUGAGGCAUGCUUCGUGCCACCCCACCAGACAGUUGUGGCAGGGACGCAAACAUGUGCCUCUCAGCUCUCUUCCUUUCUAAGCUACCUGGCGGACUUUUCUUCUUGUUCCAUCUUUUGUCAGAAUUAAUGGUGGGGUGUUGUUACCGCUAUUAUUUGAAGUGUUUCUGAGCCUGAAGAACAGACAAAGUUUCACGGGGCUUCUUCCAGGGUGCUCUCUCAUCACUCGCCUCUCUUGUCCUUUCAGACAUGUCUAUCUUUGGUCACUGCCCAGCUCACGAUGAGUUCUACCUGGUGGUGUGUAACCACUGUGGCCAAGUGGUCAAACCUCAAGCCUUUCAGAAGCACUGCGGUAAGCGAAGCAGCCAAAAACUGCCAAUUGAAUUUCUGUGGCCUCUGGAUGGAGAGCUGUGAAUUAGGGCUGCUUGCUGCCGCCUCAGGCACCGGCCCAGUGGGUGGUGCCUGGGCUUGAAAGGCCCUUUUCUGUUUUCCUCCUGAAAAUGGGGGGGCGGGGUGGGGGAAGAGGAAGGUUGUCUUCCCUUGAAUUUCUUUUCAACCAGCGAGGAAGCCGCUGCGAGGGCAGCAAGCAGCCCGAGAGACGGAAAGGCAGGAUUCUGGUCAUGCUAGGGUCGCUUCCGAUGUCACAACUUUGCCCUUUGGGGAAAGAAUGUGGGGAGGCAGUUAGGAAAGGGUCGUACACACAUCAGGUAACAUCAGAAUGGAGAGACACUAGAGCUGCAGAGAAGAGCCCUAGCUCAUGUGUAGAGCAUUUGCCUUGCCUGCUGAGCAGGUUCAGUCCCCAGCAUCUCCAGGUAGGGCUGUGAGAGUCGCCUGCCUGAAAUUCCAGGGAUCUGCUACCAGUCAGUGUUAACCAUUCACAGCUAGAUGGGCCUUUGGUUUGACUCGGUCUGAGACGAUUUCCUACGUUCCUGUGAUGUCCCAUCUCGAAAGGAGACGGGCCAUAACUGAGUGGCUAAGCUUAUGCUUUGGGGAGAAUGUCUCAAAUUGAACCUCUGGUUGACUCAGCCAUCCCCAACUUGGUGCCCCCUGGAUGUUUUAGCAUAGCACUCCCAUCAGCGGGGGAGUGGGCACAGAAAGGGCCUGUCCAGAGGGCACCGACUUGGGGAAGGCUGCCAUAAAGGGUAACAGGUACAGGAUCUGGCAAAGAUAUCUCUGCCUGAAAACCAUUGCCCUGCAGAUGGGUCAUUUCUGCUCCAAACAGACCGUUUGUUCCUUCUCUCCUCCAUCCCAUCCUCCCAACAGACUUCUCUCCAUUCAGCCUUUACACUAGUGACUUAGGCCCAGCCAUUUUCUAGCUGCUUCUCCUCCCAAGUUCUUAAAGCACAACGAAGGAAAUCUAACAUUAGGCAACCUCCUCUUGCCACCAUCUGUGAAUGAUUUGUCCAUAUCCAGACUUUUUCCUUUGGCCUGGUGCCCUGGGGCGGGGGGGGGGGGAGCAGUAAUCUCGCUGGGAUUGUCCAAGGCCAUCCGCCUGCCUUUGAAAGGGGUUGUUGAGCAAGAAGGGGGGAGAGUGGAGGGGCUGGAGAUGGACUGCUUUAGCGACUCACCCUAUGGAGCACAGGGGGGCAGGCAAUGUACAGUCUGACCUCCUGCCAAGGAACCUGCUAAGAGGGUGGGGUAGGCUGGUAUUUGUGUCCCAAGGCAUGGCUUGAAGGUGCAGGAUGCCGCAGCUGUGCUGAAGCCAAGCAGGUCUAGGCCUGGUGAACACCUGGAUGAGGGAACCCUAUCCACACCAUCUUGGAAUUCCAUCAUGGGAGAAGAAGCAGGAUAUAAAUGAACUGUGUUUCUUUUAUGUGCCUCCGCAACUUCCCUUGGGCUUUAUGAAUCAGGCCUUGAGGAACAGAACAGCAACACAUAGAUGGUGGUGACAGCUAAGAUUAGGCAGAUUUCCAGCUGGUCCUGAUUGCCCCCUUUUGGACCCUGUGCCUACUUCCUGGUGAUUGACUGUGAUCAGGUUAUGGGCCUCUCUAAGUGGGAAAUGGCUGUAUGAGAGAGUAGCUGCUUGGCUGUCUGCUACCCACUAUUUCGAGCAGGUCUUGGAAGGAUGUAUUUUUGGAGCCCGCCUCUCACAGUUCUGUGGUGCAGAAAGGAUUAGUUCCAAAAUGCAUGACUUGGUAAAUUGGAGCUAGGAAGCUCUAAAUGUGAAGUUCUGGAUGUAGCCACUAACUUUGGUUCAGCAAGUUCCCAAUAGAAAGGAGAGACGGAGGUGUGGAUACAGUUUUCUAAUAACAGUAUGGGGCUUCUGGAGCAUUGCCCAUGAAACCUUAAGGGGAUCACAAAUUUGGCACUGAGCACUAUUUGCAUAGUAACCCUCCACAUUUUGUAUUAGAAUAAAAUCCAUAAAUUGGGUGCUUUUGCUUCCCAUUUCUGUACUCCAGGCCAGUACUUGCCAUUUGCAGUAUGAUGGCUGCCAUCCAGAUUCCCACAUUGGCUAGUUGAUUGCAAUAUUUUCAGUAACAGCAUCUUAAUUCCCACCUAGAGAGACGACAUGGACCUCCCAGCAAGCUCUAUGGCCGGGUGCAGACCUCUUCAAAUUUACAAAAGUGCCAUGCGGUCAAUGGGCGGUCCCUUGCCAGUGGAGGUCACGGAUCCACCAAGUCCUGGCGGGAGAGGUCCCAGGGCUCCUUCAGUCAAGCCCAGCACACGCCUGAGAGGACAGACAAGAUGUCAAAGGACAACCUCUGGUAAGGAGGGGUUGGGUUUGUUGGCAGGGGACCUUUCUGAGCUUUAGGAUACAGAGCACAGCCCAACCAAUUCUUCUUGGGCUGUAUAGAAUCUCACUCCAAUGCUUUUGGGGGAAGCAUCCCAGUGCUGUGCUUACUGGGGUGGCUGGGGGAGAGGUAUUGGAGAAAUUGCGCCCUUCAGAAUGGCAGGUGCAACCUGGUGUAAUUCUCCGUUUUGUAAGAUGGUACGGGGAAAUCUACAUGCAGCUCUAGGGAUACUAAAGUUUUAUUAUCUAGGGAUGCUAAAGUUUUACUUUUUGUUCUUUGUAUAAAAAGAUAAGGGCUAAAUUAACCUCUAGACCUGUGAAGCUAGAAGUAGUUUUUAAUGUGUGUGUGUGUGUGUGUGUGUGUGCGCAGACACAUAGAUGGGUCUGAAUGAAUCCUAUUACUGAGGUUAUAUUUGGGGAGUGUUUUUAUGGAUUUUGAUAAGUUGCAUCUGUUAUUUUAUUUAUUUGUUUGUAUUAAGAUGCCUUCUCCAAGACUAAAAAUUGCAACAAUAAGUAACAAAUUUAACAAAAAAGAAUCCGAGAAGCAAGAGAAGGAAUAUAAUCUGUUUCCCCCGAUUUAAUGUCCCCUUGAUGGUUUUAGUCACUUUUAGUGACUCUAGGUUUGUUGUGGAAAGCAAGGCAGAAUUAAGCAAACUUAACUAGUUAAUUAUAGGGUUGGGUCUUGCUACUGAGGGAACUGCAGUCUAUUUCUAGAGUCUCAUGAGGUCAGUUGGCCACCACAGUGGAGUAAUCCUGGUUUAAAGGCUGCACUAAAGUUUAAAGGAGCCCCCUUCAAUGCCCACUGCUGGGGCAUCCUUGCCGAUGUUAGUGGAAGAUGAUCUGAAGGCACUUCAGAGUUUGCUUUCUUCAUCUUGGUCUAUUGCUGAUGGCCAGACACAUUGUUGUUGCAGGACACUGGGAAGACCUGUGAGAUUUGGCCGUUGGUGCCUUCCAAGAUUCAUGUGGUACCAAUGUGGAAACUGCACCUGCUCUUUUCUUGUCUUUGCCGCUCCUUUUAUUCACUCUGUCUGUUUGGCUGGCAUCUAAAAGCUCCAGCCCAGCUUCUUCUAAUGUUCCUCCAGACACUGUUAGUAGUGUAGCUGAAGACAUAAGAGUGUCACCUUGGUCAACUGAAGUGGGAGAUGACGAAUUUUUCUGAUGUUUCUGACUUGUGGCUCUGCUUUGCUCUCUUCCAGUUUGUUUGUGCCUGUUGUGAACCUAGAGAAGAUCUCCAGCCUUCCAAAGUCAGACAGUGAUGGGAUCAAGCCCCCCCCAAAGCUUUCUGACUCUGCCACCCCUAGACAGUCUUCUGCCAGCUCAAAAGAGAUACAUGGCAAGCCCUCCUUAGUGGCAUCACCGAAAGAACCCCUGACGUCAGCCAAGGCCAGUGGCAACUCCAUCAUACCCGCUGACAGCUUGAGCAGGAAAAUGGAGAAUGCUCCUGUCUUGGGAGAGAAAGAGAGUGGUGCUGUGAAAUCUCUGAAGAAGAUGCCGCGUGAGUACCGUAGUAUCCUGUAGCUGGAGGCAACAUAGCACCUAGCCAAGGCAUAGGGGGUUCCUUCCUGUAUUCCAUUUCACAGCAGAGCAGUCCUGGCUUCUGAUAUUGCCAAACGGUUUGGUAGCAUUUCUGCACAUGACAUUAUCUCCAAAUUUCCCAAAUUCUGGAAGAGUGGGCAUCAAAGGCAAUACUGCCUGGGCAUGCCACACCCCAAAAUCCAGGUUCUUCCGAGCUUCCACUGGGAGAAAGGGUGGUUUACUCCCCAGAGGACUAGGAUAGAACAUUUGCAUUGGACUCUGAAGUGCACCAGACUCAUAUCUCUGGAUUCUUUUAUCUGGAGCAUGCUUUUGAUUGAUCUCCCUUGUUGGGUGGGCUACUUCAUUGAGUGCCUAGAGCGGGGGAAAGGGUUAGCAGAAAGCCAAGCUGCCAGCUUGAUAGUCUCUGGCCAGGUGUAUGUACCAACUAGCACCCUUUUUUUUAAAGGGGAAGCAACCCAUUUCAAAUUGAAGCUGGGUAUGCAUAGCCAGUAUGUCAGAUCCCUCUCUUGACCAGGUUUGUGCACUUGGCCUCCAGGUGACUGGGAAGAAGGGGAACACUGUGCAUAGUCUGUGACUUGGGGCUCAGUUGACCAAGGGAGACAGGAAGAGGAGUUUCCUGCCAUCUUUUUUUUCCCUCACGACCCCAAAGUAUUUGUCUUCUCAGGACGAUAAAUGCUGAAUAAGAAGAGAGCCACCCACAUCGAAGUAGUGAUUGCUAAAGACACAACUCCUCACAGGAUGCCCAUAAAAUAAAAUUAAAAAGCAGCAGGAAAAGAAAUAUUGUUGGACAAAUAACCUGUUUGUGCUAUUCUGACAGCAGGUGUCAAGAGUUCCUUGAAAAAUGGAGUUUUUGAAUAAGGGCUUCCUUGAAGGAUGAGAGGGAAGCUGAGGCACUGGAAGGGGGAAGGCAUAAAACCAGGCCUCAGGAAACAUGGGGGGGGGGCAGGAUGAGUGCCUUGCCUUCUGUUUUCCCGUCUGCAUCUUAAUUCUGUGUUUUGCUCCCACAGGGAAAGAAUGUGACCUAAACAGGCAGUGUGGGGUGGUGAACCCCGAAACCAAGAAGGUUUGCACUCGGUUACUGACCUGCAAGGUAUGAUGCUUCAUGUGAUGAAAGUGGCGUGAAAUGGGGGCAAAAGAGUAGUUCAGCAUAAGAAAGAGUUUUGACCAGCCUUUGCUCCCCCCCCCCAAAUUGGGCCUGUUCCUUUGCCUGACAAAGGCGCCUUUCCAUUUGCCAAACCUGGAAAUUUGGAAGGCAAAAGAUUUUCCAUGCUCAGAAAUGCUUCACCUGUUCAAUGGUGGAAAGAGGCCCCUCCUGUGUGUAUGUUUCGUAGUGUUCCCCUCCCUGGUCAACACACCCUGCUGGAGUGCCCGUGGUCAGGGGUGGAGGAAGGGGGGUACGGUGGGGGUGGUUCACCCCAGGUGUCACCACUCAGAGGGGUGACAAAAUGCCAGGUGGCACUCACUGCGGGGCCUGCAGAACGCCCGAGCCAUGCAUCUCUCCUGGGAGAGACGUUGUGGCUUGGGCACCCGCAGGCUCCGCGCUGCCCCAAACGGUCCCCCCUGCCGCCUCUCCCUCAGCUGUAGGGCGGCUGAGUGGGAGGAGACAGGCAGACUCCUCGGAGGCCCCGCGGAGCUUCCUGCCCCAGCUCGCCUCGCCCCGUGGGCGGCUGGCCCCGUCCCUUGGCGCAGGGCAUAUGCACCGCCCCAGGCGCCCAAUCGGCUUGCUCCGCCACUGCCUGUGGUUUUCCAAGGUAGAGAGGCCUUUCUGCAUAGCCCGUCCCCUGCUGCAAGCAUAUCUUCAGUUCUGGGUGUUGAUGUUCAUCAUGUUGUUGGGCUGUGGCUCCCACCAUAGUAGCUGGAACUGAUGGGAGUUGCAGUUCAAGAACAUCUGGAGGGCACAAAGUUGGCUGCCCUUGGUCUGCCAGCUUUAUUCAGGUUCCUGAGCCCUAUUGGCUGCCUACCCUCCUCUUAAGACUGUUGUGAGUUACUGGAAGCAAGUUGCCAAUGAAGGAAUUCUGCAUUUGCAAGAAGGCUAGUGUGUGCUGUGAUACAGCUUACCUGUUGCUGCGCCAUCAACAUCAGUCUACCAACAUAGAUGCCUGCUUUGUGGCUUUGUCUCUGGCUGCUGUCAGACAUAGGAGCAAGACUAGGUUCUAAAAGAAAAAAAGGUCACCCUAUCAAGUGGAAGCUCUUGACUUUCAGUAGCAGGUGUGGGGAACCUUUGGAUUGCCAGAUGUUUCUGAACUACAAUUCCCAUCAUCCCUGGCCAUUGGCCAUGCUUGCUAAGGCUGAUGGGAACUGUAGUUCAGCAGUGUCCCAACACCUGCUCUGUAGAAAAGUUCAAGUGGAAAAUACUUUGCUGUAAACCCGGGGACAGGGAAUCUAUGGCCCUUUAGCUGUUGCUGGACUACAGCUCCCUUCAUCCCUGACCAUUGGCUGUGUUGUCUGAGGCUAAUGGGAGUUGGAGUCUGGAGGAUGCCAGGUUGGGGAAGAGUCACCUAAGGUAUAAUCUGCUGGAAAGCUCUUAAAUAAAUGGGAGCUGUGCCAGAGCACUGAGGAUGGUCUUGCUCAGCUCCUGUACAUUGCAAUAAAGCGUGCUCAGGAGAAUUUCCCCGGGGGGAAUUGUGCCUCUCAUCUCUCUCUGGAAGGCAGCCAGGUAUCAUAUAUAGGUGGAAAACUUUGUAGCUUCAAGUUAACUUGUUUGAGGUAGUCUUAAGGCUCCAUAUAGACAGCUUUGUAUUCUCACAGCCAGCUACCCCGUGUGAAGAAUCGGAACUGGGGUUUCUCUGUUCCAAACACUCAGGACACUUGAUUCAGGCAGAGGGGAUAUUGGGUGGGCAGUUUCUGAGUACAUGCUAUAAUGAAGCGAUACUAGUAAAAUCCAGGCAUUGCAGAAGUUGUAGCCAGGACAGCAAAACAUAAGCAAGCUAAACACAGUGUGUCAAGUCAUCCCCAUGACAACACUGGGUAAUUUCACAGUGUGCUUUUGCUGCAGCCACUGUAAAUAAUGUUAACCUUUUUGAUGAUCAGCUGCCUUCUACCCAUAAGUCAGAUUUAUUCCAGGUGGGCCUGUUUAAAAUCCAAUUUAAUAACUGUAUGAGCUCUUGUUUUCUGCCCAGUGGUUCAUCCAGCACUUGUCUAAGAGCCAGCCGCUUGGAUUUAUUGAAAUGUUCAGUGGUUGAGAGCACCAUUUUCCCCAUUGUAGCACCUUAGUGACCACGUGGGAAAUUUCUUAUUCGAAAGCCACCCACCAUGUGACAGUCUCUCCCAUCCCCCGUCAGAGCUUGCCUUCUCAUAAAAUAGGCUUGGAAAUGGACUUCUUCUCUGAGGUUGUUGCUUUUGUCAUGCUCUGGUCCAGUGCUAUUAUUCUAGAAAAAGAGGUGCCAGAACUCGCCACGAACACCUGCCUUGUGCUCUUAUCAUGGCAAAGGUGCCCACCUGAGACGUGCUGGAACUGAGUUCCGGCAAGUUCCGGCUGAAAAAAGCCCUGUUCUUGUCACACCUCCAUAAGCGAAUGUCGUGAAGUCCUGCAGCGGUGGAUGUGCUUGUCAGCUGAUGCCUCUAACCAUUCUCUGUGCCUCAGAUUCAUUCUGUCCACCAGCGCCGUGAGGUGCAGGGCCGCGCCAAGGACUUUGACGUCUUAGUGGCCGAGCUGAAGGCCAACACCAGGAAAGGCGAGUCCCCCAAAGACAAGAGCCCAGUGAGGAAGGAAGCGCCUUCUGAACGACUCUCGCAGGACUCCUCGUUACUCUCACAGCCGUCGCUGGUCCUGCCCAACGCCUCUCUUUGCCGAAUAAAGCAACCCUACUCCCACUGUGCACUUUCCAGGUAAAACAAGGGCAGAUAGUGUCCCAGGUUAAGCACGGGAAGGAAGUUGACUGGGUAGUUUUCUAAUUAAAGUUGCCUGGGGGAUUUUUUUUGGCUCAACCACAGAUGUGGACAGGACCUCGGACAAGGUGGCACUGUACCACCUUCUGUACCACUGCAAAAGCAGACUCUAUCCACAGAUACUCAGUAUCUACUAUAUGUUUUGGAAGUGGUUUGUUAGCCAUGCAUUUGGAUACUUCUUAAGAUAUAACCAGUUUUUGUACAGUAGUUCCUGCGAUCAAGGAGAUGGUUUUUGUUUAUGUUUGGAUGCAGCAGGGUGCCAUUUUGAAUCAAAAUGGCAGACUGAAUCUUUCAAAACUGCACUAAUUUUGAUGUUUCUUAGAAUUCCUUAGCAGCAAGGGACAUAUGGCUGCUAGUCCUAGUAAGGAAGCCAGUAAUAUCUCUGCCACAGAUUCAGGAAACCCUCCCCUUGAAGAGGGCUUUAACCUCCUGUGUUGCUUUUAGGUCUAGGGUUUCCUCAGAGAGUGAGCCCGAUGACCUGCCUACCACCUCUAGCGAAGUCGACCAUGGGCUCUACCCUUUUCCAGCACCCAAGAGCACCGGCCGGGUUUCGAGCGAGGAGAGUGAGGAUGACGCAGUGGAUGAUUCCCGCAAGGUGGACUGCCAUUAUGCAACACGGUCGCCACGCCCCCAGGCGGUAAGUGCCAGGCUAAAACUGGUGUGGCUCUGUGAAAUGGGUCCUUCAUGCCUUUGGAGAAAAAUGCUUGCCCCAAGUCUUGCAAGAAGAAUGCCAAGGGGGAGGGGAAUGUUGGAUGCUUGGACAAAUGAAGCUGCUUUUAUACCGUGUGAGACCACUGGUCCAUCUGACCCAAUGACACUUAGUAACAGUUCUCAAAGGCUCCAAGAAGAUGUAUUCCUGAGUUCUGAGAUCUCUUUAACUGGAUACACCAAGGUCUAAACUCUGACCUUACACAUGCAAAACAAAUCCUCUGCUACUUACCUAUGGGUAAGUUCAGUCCAGGAUUAGGUUCGUUGCCCUUGUUCUGUUGAUAUCAAUGAGACCCAGGUGUGAACGGGGUGGGGUGGCGGCGAUGUUUUGCCUUCCUUUGCUCAGGAGAUGAGGUGGGCAGAAGAAACAACUCUCUUGGUGUUAGCAUCCCAUCCCCAUUUGCAAGAGGUUUCAGAAUGUGCCGUUUGCGUGAUUUCAUAUUCUUAAUGCCUUUUAUCCCUGCUUCCAUCUCCCCGCAACAGUUCUGCACUUUCGGAAGCAGGUUGGUGAGCCCUGGAUGUUACGUCUUCAGUCGACGGCUGGAUCGGUUCUGCUCUGCACUCAGUUCCAUGCUGGAGAGACAUCUCAGCUCACACAUGUGGAAGUAAGUAAUCCUAGGGGGAAGGAGAGAAAAUCCUGUGAUGAAUUGCGGCAUGUUAAUGCCCCUUGCAAACAGCUGAAGAUGGGCAUGUGUUGUUUGCGCUUAAUACUAAGCUAUGGCUGUUUAAAAUUGGGUUUAUUAAACCAUAGUUUGUUUGAUCACCCAAACUCUGCCCAGCAGCUUAACUAUUGCUUGUUUACUGCCAACAUGUCUGAAGCCAUUGUUUGUUGUUGGCUUAUGAACCUUGGUUUGCUUUAGCUAUGGCUUGGUGUUACUGUCCACCCUUCUGAACCAUGGUUUGUUUCACCACCCCACCUUGGGAGACAAAAGCAACUGGAAAACGAACCAAAUUUCAGAGAAACAAGUUUGUAUGAUUGUUUGUGGGUCAACUCCCAAUUGCCUCGGUCCCUGCUCCUGCAAAGUGCAAGUAGAUAAAUAGGUACCGCUCCAGCGGGAAGGUAAACGGCAUUUCUGUGCGCUGCUCUGGUUUGCCAGAAGUGGCUUAGUCAUGCUGGCCACAUGACCUGGAAGCUGUACGCUGGUUCCCUCGGCCAGUAAAGCAAGAUGAGCACCGCAACCCCAGAGUCGUCUGCGACUGGACCUAACGGUCAGGGGUCCCUUUGCCUUUACCUUUAACUUCCCGGCACUGACAUUGCUGCUGUUUACCAGGACAUAGCAGGGUAGCGGUGAGGUAUAAAUAUAUUUAGAAUGGAGGCCACAAAACAUAGUAUUUCGAUGAGAUAUGGUAUUUUGUUGGAGUGUGGUCCCCCCCCCCAACCUUUGCAUGUCUGUCCCAUGUGUUUAUCCAUUUUUCUGUUCUGAUAGGCACUCCAGAUGCCGUUGGAUUCAAAUGCCCAUUACCUCCUGACCAUAGGCCAUGCUGUCUGGAUCGGAUAGGAGUUACUGAGUCCAACACCACCUAGAAGUUCCCAUCCUUGUGUUCAGAAAUCUAAUCCCCCUGUUACGGAAUCAACUGACCUAGUUGAUUCAUAAAUAGAGAUCUCCUUCCUUUUAUAACCUGCCUUUGCAUCAGAUUAUCAGGCUGGUUCAUACUAAAACAAUGAAGUAGCCAGUGCAUAAAGAGCUAAGAACAGCAACUUUAUAAAUCAACAUUAAAAAAUGGAUUGUAUUCCAAGGGUUAAAAGGGGGGUUGCUGGCACUUCUGAUCCGUGCCGCCUGCCAAGCCCCGUGCGCUGUUGUUCACAAACCCUGACAAUCAUCAGGGCUUGCAAAAAGCCACACACAGGGCUUUGAAGCCACAACAACCAGCCAACUGUCGGGGCUUCAAAGCAGCUCGCGCAGUGUGCUUAUGCCUGUCUCGUUUUAAUUUCAAACCACGCAGGUGAAAAUGGGUCACCUGCCAUUACCGAGGUGUCUGGUGACUGACAGACGGGUGGCCCCAUGGGUGUAGGGGUGAGGGAGAUAAGGGUCCAGCCCAUUCCUGCAUCCUGCUUACAUGGGCAUUAUUUAGAGAUGCAGCAACAUAGGGACUUGCCUUACACAGAGGCAGAAUCCUGGGCUGAUCUCGCCUGGUAUAGCACUCUGCACUGAUUGGCUGCCUUAGUCCAUCGGGGUUUCAGGCAGGGCUGUUUCCUAGAUGGCAAGGAUUGGACCUGGGACCGUGCAGACCAUGGUGUCUGCCACUGAGCUUCAAUGGCCCCUUCUCUCGGGCUUUAGAGCUACAGCAAAAGAGCACUUGGUCUCUUCAGAGGCUUUUUUGAACCAUUCUCUAUCACCCACGCUCAGGGUUUGUUUGUCCUGGUAGUGGAGGACGACUUGCCUGAGGUUUGUCCCCGUGGCAAAUGUUCAUCCAUCUCCCAGCUGCAUUCCACAUGGGACUUGCUGGAGCAGUGGAAGUGACAGAUUGGGUGUUUGCAUUUCCUGCAUUUUCCCCAUUCCUUAUCUCUUCGACAGAAGUGGUGCCUAGAGAAGGGACAUCUGGACCCUUGGCAAUAGCUUAACGACUGCAUUCGUAUCCCUCCUUUUUCUCCAAGGAGUUCAAAUGAGAAACAACAGCAUGCUUCUUGUGUGGUUGGCGGCGGGGAGAUGGGAAUGUAGAAAGCCUUGCCCCCCCCCGCCCAGCCAGAUCCUAUGUUACUUUACUAAGAAGGAAGCCCCACUAUGCUCACUAUGACUCCAAAGUAAGCGAGCCUAUGCUUGCAGCUGAAAUCCACGUUUGACAUCCCUCCCCCUGCAAAUGGACGUAAAAUGUGGAUGUGCUUUUAAGCACCUAUUAAGCACCCGUGUAAAAAAGAGCAGCGCAUGCAAUUAUGUUCCCAGUCCACAGCUUUGCCAUCAAUCACUCUGCGCACGGUUGCCGAGAGAAGCAUUGCCUUCCUCCGGCUGACCUCGUAGUCGUGGUGUUUUGUCAGGGCUUCUGGUCCCCCUCGUCUCCAGCAGGUGGCGCUGGGCUGUAGGGUUUGACGCCGCCGCAUCCUUUAUGGAUGGCUGCACUCAUCUGAACAAAGGGAAAACAAACACCCAGGUUCUGGUGAAGGGGAAAGAGGAGGGCGGGUGGUGGCUGCCUGCGUGCGCGUGGAUGCGUGUGUUUGCAGGCGUCGACGUAAGGGGUUUAGAACGGGAUAGCAACCCGAGCCAAAGAGGGAGGCUUUGGAUUUGAGAGCGGCAGGGUGCGACGUCAUAUCUGGAACCUGAAAAAACAAGGGAGCCCAUGAGGAUUCUGGUUUUACGAUACAGCAUGGAGGUCAAAAGGAACAAGAGCUGAGGGUUGGAGGGGUUUUUCCAAAGUCAGCUCUUCUUAACUCUCUCUCUCCCCCCCCCCCCGCCUUUUUAUUGGCCCAACCAGAAGGAUCCCUCCUGCUGCUGACCAUCCAAUUCUGUCCACGCCACCCCCUGUUCUUCUGGGCUUCUCCACAUCCAGCACUUCUCAGAACUGCAGCUCCUCCCUGGUGUGUAGCCUCCCCCACAGCCUCCCGGGCAGGACCUCGGUGUCUUGCGCGGCUUCAGCCACCGUGGCCUCCAGGGACAGCCGCAGCCACCACAGCAUGAACUAUGCAGUGGGGUCGCCCCACGCUGCAGCCGCCUGCAGCCAGUCGGACUGCAUGGGCGGGAGCCAGUCCAUCACCUCCCCACUCCCGGCCAACACCCCUUCGCCGUCCUUCAGCAAGUUGCCUUUGACCAAGGCCAGCAAGUCCUCCAAAGCCAAGGAGGCGGCGGCUGGCGGCGUGGAGCCAGAGGCCUUGGCCCGGAAACGCAAGCAGUCUCCUGGGGCCCCCGCUAGCCCUCCGUACAAACAGACCUGUUUCCUUGAUCUGGGCAAGAGCAAGGCAGCUGGCUGCCAGGUCUCCCACCCGCCCGCCAAGGCCAAGCCAUCCAUGAUCUCCUCCUCCUCGACUCUUUCCCUGAAUGGAACCGUCUCGGCCGGAGCCAGGAUUAAGAGGGUCAGCCAUCUGGACUGCAGGGCUCCCGGCCACGUCCCAGUCAAAGCGUCGCAGCUGGAGAACCGGGCCUCCUCGCUGAAUGGGCCAAAGGCACUGCAAGCCAACUGCAUCUCGGAUGAGGAGGCCAAGCGACGCAAGAAUACAGCCACCUACUGUAGGCCAAUGAAGGCCAGGCACUCCCCCUCCCCCUUGCCUUCCUCUUCCUCCUCUGACUUGGGUGGCUCUGUCCGAAGGAAGAAGCCAGUUGUCUCCUUGGGAUUUGAGGAGAAGCAGAACACAAUGAAGGUACGUUCUUUGCACAUUCUUCUUCUCCUUCUCCUUCUUCUUCCUUUAUCUCUCAGCUUUUCCACCAAGGAGCUCAACAUAGUUCUCCCCCUCCUCAUUUCAUGCCCACAACAACCCUCUGAGGUAGGUUAGGCUGAGAGACAGUGACUGACCCAUGGUCAGUGAGUUUCAUGACUGAGUGGGGGAUUUGAACCCUGGUCUCUGAGGCCCCAGUCCGACACUCUAACCACCACCCCACACUGGAUCUUCUGCCUCCAAAGGAUUGCGUCAGCUGCCUUUUCUCCCUCGCCAGAGUUUUGACACAAAGUCUGCACACUUGUGUUUAUAUGUCCAUGACAUGACAUAUAAUGGUCCCCAGAAGCUAAUAAAUUUAUAGCAACACACGCACCAACUCUGUUGUAGUCCAUAUGAUAAGUUUUGGGUAGUGUUCAAGAGAGUGCGUUUAAAAUGGUGCUGGGUAAGGAACGUUCAGCAGUGACAUUUUGUUGCGUCAUGCUCCCUUUUGUAGCUUGUUGGCUAACAUUCUCUUUAUGGGGUCUGUGGCAGAUAGUUCGAAGGAAAUGUUGGCCCAGUGUGCAGCCGCUGUGUGGAAAAGUCAAGGUCCUUCUUAGAGCUCCUUAGGAAAGAGGUCAUAGAUACAAUUGCCAGUAUUGUAACACCUUUAUAAAGAUCUAUGGUGUGACCACAUUUGGGGUGAAUGGUGGAAGAGUCAGCAUAGACAAAAGGAAGUAUUUCGCACAGUUCAUCAUAAACAGGAUAAUUAACUGCCUCAGUAUUUGAUGUCAGCCAACUUUGAUGGCUAGAAGCAGGUUUUGUUCAAAUGCAUGGAGAUAAGGUUUCCAGUGGCUUCUACUCAGUAUGACUUUGUAGUUCCUCCUUCCUCGGAAGCCCAUUUGCUGGGGAACAGGACUGCAAAGUGGCUAUACUGUUCCCCUGUUCCGCUUAUGGAUUUCCCAUAGGGAUCUACGUGGCCAUUGUAGGAAACAGGGCAGCUAGGUUAGAUAGCUGUCUGAUCUAGCAAAGCUGCUCUUUUUGUUCUUACAAUUUCUACAGCUGUAUCCUGGUGUGUGUGUGUGAGAGAGAGAGCAGUGCCUGAGUCAAUUAAACCUUCAAUUGAUUGAUCAGUAAGGGCCAAUUUCCAUCUAUGGGUCUGAGAUCUAAGUACCCAGGGAUGUUGUAUAUGUAUAUGUUUGUGGUUGCUUUGAUUCAGGUGUGGUGGUGGAACAGGGGGUGAAAAAUAAACCAUUAAAGGCAGGCUUUCCUAUCAGUGAGCUUAAGCUUUGGUUUAUUAGAUUAUAUGGCACUUAAUAAAUUUCUAUACCACUGAGUAACAAACCUGUCUCAGCAGUUAUCUCAUACUUCAUUCAUUUAUUAAUACAUGCAUCUAAUAUUGCUUCAUGGAAACAUAAUUAAAUAAAUUUGCAAUCAGUUAAAAGGCAAAUGAUUGAUUUAGCAUUAUUUCAUUGGUGGACCAGUUCUGAUUUUUAUCAAAGCCUUAGGAGUGAGGCCACUGGUAUCCUAUGUAAAAAUAAAUAAAUGCACGUUAAGUGAGUUGAUGCUUUUAUUCAGCUAAUUUGAAAUACUAGAAGUAUUCAAGCUGCAUAGAAGACCUUUUAACUGCUUGGGCAGAGGGUGGAGAAGAGAAAUAAUAUAUUAGCUAAGAGUGACACCUUUCCUCCACUUCUUUAGUCUUAAGCAGCUUCCUAGCAUGUAGAUGCACUGAUUUAGCUUUACCUGCUGAAUAAAUUUUUGCUAAGCUGCAGUUAAAGGACACAGAUCUUCUGGGCGGGGAGUGGAGGGAAAGAUGACAAACCCCAGCUAGGAGCACUUUUAAGAUAAAGGGUAGAAAUGUUUAGGAAGGAGAUAACGAUAAUUAUAUUCAGGCUAUUUGGGUUUUGCUCAGAGGGACAGUUUCCACGAAUUCCCAAAAAUGAAACUGUAGUGAUGGAGGGAGUACAAAGCAAAGCACGAGAACACAGGAGCCCUGCUGGAUCAGACUAAAGGCCGAUCUGGUCCAGCGCUCUGUUCUCAUAGUAACCAGCCAGAUGCCUCUGAGAAGCCCACAAGCAGGAUGUGAGCGCACCAGCCUUCUCCUGCGCUUGUUUACCAAGGAGCAGAAUUCAGAGGCGUAAGACCUUCAAUCCCGGAGGUAGCCCAGAGCUCCGAUUCCUAGCAGGCCUGACCAAGGUUGUUGUCCCUGGUAUCUAGCAGCUAGCAAGAAAUUACCCCUGAAGGCGAAGUUUCCAGUGGACUGAGAACUGUUGAUAGACUAUGGAUGAAGAACGUGUGGCCUCCCAGAUGUUGUUGGGCAACAACUCCCCAUCGGCCCAAGCCAGCAUGGUCCAGUGGUUGGGGAUGAUGGGAUCUGGAGUCCACCAACAUCUGGAGGGCCACACAGUCCCUAUCCCUGCUGUUGAAGGAUCACCCUCCAUGAAUUUGUCAAAUUUGCCCAGCAGGAGGCUGUAGCAGCCUCUGGCCUUUCUAGUUCCCUCAGGCAUUGCUCACUUGGCUUUAUGAAGCCACGUGGGGAGGAGCUGCUGAGAGAUCACGCACAUGCCAUUGUGAUGCAUCUUAAAAUGGGACUCUGCUUUGAUUCAUUCUUGCGAGCCCUGGAUAUCACAUGGGAUGAUUGGCUCCAUUUGCAUUAUCUGCGGAAUUGUAAUUUCCAAGUUCCUUUAUUAGAACCUCGGCACAUCUAACCCUGCACCCGCUGCAUCAGGCCAAAGGCUCAUCUAGUCCAGCAUCCUAUUCUCACAGUGGCCAGCCAGAUGCCUGUGGGAAGCCCACAAACAGGGCCUGAGCACAGCAGUAUUCUCCCCACUUGUGAUUCCCAAAAACUGGUGCUCGGUGGCGCCCUGUCUUUGACAGUGGAGGGGGGGCAAUGUAGCUCCCAUGGUGCCAUGCAAUCCCAUACAAAGCUCUUUCCCCCAAUUAAUAAAAGGUUGCCAUGUCAAAUACCCCUCUAAUGAAGCUAGAAGCAUGGCUGCUGCUCUUUGUAAUUUCAGAUAGGUGCUGGUUGCAGCCCUGGCUGUAAUAGACACUUUGCUGUGAAUGGUGCUACAUAAACUGUCACCCUCUGCACUGACACCCUCUCUUCUCUCUUCUCUUUUGCAGUCAAAAGCGCAUUAACAGCAAGUGCCUGCAUUCUGCAGAAGGAGCCAACAGCCUGAGAACUCUGCCCUGGGUCCGACUCAAAGCCUCUUUGCUUUUUUUAUAACUUUAUAGUAUUUUUUUAAAGGAAAAAAAACCCUCUA